CUAUCUGGCACCUACGUAGGUACUUACAAACAUCAACUCAUUUAAUAAUUGAUGUGGAAUUAGUUUCCAACAUAUACGGGCGCCAAUUCGAUAUCACCCAGGCAGCCAAGCUACUUCUCAAUUGAAAUAGGAGUCGCUCAACUUUAUUAGAACUUUCAACCCAUCUGGUACAUCCUGAUAGACGCUCGCCCGUAACCAUGGUGUAUCUGUCUCGACCCCCUUAAUCAUCAACGCUGCAGAAAGCGUGCCAAACAUGAACGAGCUACAGAGAAAACCUACCGCCCAAACAUCUGGAACCUCUCUAGAAUCUUAUGAUCUUCUUGAUGAUUUGAUUGAUGAUUACCUUGAACCAUUUCCUGCUUUAGGCAAGACGUCUUCUGCUGUAGAUGCCACCAACCAGCUUCAGAUAGCUUCGAGUCCUUCCCAUCAAGGCUCAAGACAAUUUGCGCUUCGAGCACAAAAAUCAACUCCUGUGCUCGUCUCAGGUGCCUCUCUUACCUCCGGGGCCUCUUCUCCUUCUGAUGCAGAAGCUGGCGUAUCGUCUAACUCAACAUGGAAGACUGUCGUUGAUGAGACGGUUUACUUUGCUGGGGGACUAAUAUCUCAUCCCUAUGAAUCUACCAGGCAUUUCAGCAUCCUUCGCCACUCAUCUGCGUUGGUGUACUACAAGGGUCCCUCAACGAGUGUCACGAUCAGCGUGUUUGGGGACUCUCAGCUGCCCUCGGACCGGUCGUUUUGGAUCCAGAGGAAGGGUUUCUCGGGAAAUAUUGGCAUGGCCACGAGCGCUCUGAUGAGGACAAUGUCGAAUUGGAUCGAUAUCACGCCUUCUGUCGAGUCUCUGGCUUCAAGCGUUCCUGUCAGCGAUGAGCGAGCGUGGCAGAGAGACAUCAAGAAAUUCCUCAAAAGAGCUUCAAAGGAUAAGCGACUGUCCAAGCAUGUAUUACGGGAAACAUGUGUUCUUCGCAUCCCAGCCGUAGCCACGGAUGGUUAUUUACGAGUAGUCAUGUGUACCGGGGAAAGCUCUAAGAAAUCACUUUGUCCAUCUCCCACUUUUCGACUUGCGAGCACCUCUUCCGAUGUCAGUGUCAUACGCGGUGCGAGCCUCACCACCUUACCCUUGGAAAUCGGGCUGAAAGCCGCAUCUGUGAUUGGCAAUCAGUAUGUUCAGCGAGUUAUGGGCCCUGCCCAAGCCGUCGUACAAAGUAAAAUCAAAUAUAUACAGCCAAAUUUUGUGAAGAAGCAUCCCGAGAAACUGGCGCUGGCGCGAGCUGGUAUGAAAGAUCAAUUCGAUAACUUUGAGGGAAACUUCGACGCUACACGAGAUGUCUCGUACCGCUGCUUUCAUGAUGAGCAUACUCUUGAUGAACCGCCCGAUGUUAUUGGUAACGAUUCUGGCCCCCAGAAGCCAUUUCCUAUCCAAUUUGAAGGGAACAUUGUGCCUGGAACUGGUCAAACUCGGGCUGCACCAACUGCCAACUUGUCUAAUGUCCCUGAAGAGCUGCUGCUUCGUCUGGGCGGCAUCUACAUUGGUUGGGCGUCAAUUGAGAAAAGUAAAGCCAUCAAUGAGAGUCUUCAUAGCUGGCACGAAGCCAUCAUCACUAUUGGGCCAUCACCCUACGCAUCACCAAAAGUCAUUCCACGAAAGAUGGCUACUGUGCAUAUCGUGUAUGAUUUUGGACACGGUACUACAUUCUUCAACACCAAACUCAAAGUAAUAGUGAUGGUACCCUUAAGAGGUAUCCCAAAACAUUCGCAGUCGCCGGCCGAAAUCCUGGCCGCUGUCUCUCGUGACAAGGAAAUUGCACUCGCGAGCUUGAGUCGGGUAAUGUGGCAGCCUGGUGCAAGUCUUGAUAUAUUGUCUGCCGAGAAAGCCCAGAAAACAAUCACAAAUCGAUAUAUAGAAAUGCGGUCUCAAAUACAGAGGCAUGUUGAUAGUGUUCCCGUACACCGAGUAGGGAUUCGUACGAACAGGGCUGAGGCCAAAGACGAAGCUUACAGAACAGGCGGCUUCUAUAUACGGAGAUAAUGUUAACAUCAUUUUAAGAUGGAUUAUAAUUUUAUACCCCUAUAAUAUGCAUUUUCUCAGUCCCUAUUUAAUUAAACUAGAGAAAUAUCGCUCUACCAUUCAUGAC